CAUACUGAAGUCUUUCAAAGACAAACCAGCUGAUUAAAAACAACACGCGCUCUGCCCGCCGCGCGCUCACACACUGACUGCAAUGCACUGAAGAAUAAAGACAGCGACUACAACUGUGAAGUAUACACUAACGUUAUACCAGGAGAAAACAUUGAUCUACAUGAGAAAAGAAAGUACAGAAGACAAUGGCAGACAAAUUUGGAAGGAGAAUUGACUCUGAAAGAGGUCAAAGGUCUCUGAGGUCUUUCUCCGACCAGGAUGAUGAAGAAAUAUCCUCGACUUCAGGAACAAAUCAAAGCACCUCACUGGAAGUACUAAAACAGGAAGUUGUCAGCCUGAUACAAUCUUUCCCAGAGGGGGUUGAGGUGUCCAGAUUGACAUGUAUGUACAGGAGGGUCUAUGGCAAACGAUUUGGACCCUUGACCAAUUACGGUUUGGCAGGCAUCCAGGGCCUCUUGGAUGACCUUGGUGACCAACUCUGUGUGGAAAGGAUCUACAAUAAAAACAUGAUCAAACCACUAGUACAAGUUCAAAAGCUGCCAUUUCCCUCCGUUGAAGAUGACGCUCCUAAGAGAGCAAUUUGUAAGAGAGUUAUCAAAAUUGUGAGGAAGCACCGUGAAGGAAUUUGCCUUAAAAAGUUAGCGCAGACUUUUGCUCAGAAGUUUCAACAGGAGCUUUUGCCAACUGAAUUUGGAUUCCCAUCAAUGGAAGCUUUUGUGUCGUCUAUUGAGGGCCUCCAGGUGGAAGAUGGCAAGGCCCUUCACAGGUGUCACACAGUUGCACGUCUAUCAGAUAUAAAAAUGGGUGACGCUGCUAAUACAGGAAUUGGUAAGAGAGUUAUCAAGACUGUGAAGAAGCAAUCUGAAGGAAUUUGCCUUAAUAAGAUUGCAGAGAUUUUUGCUCAGAAAUAUAAACAGGAGCUUUCGCCAACUGAACUUGGAUUCCCGUCAAUGGAAGCGUUUGUGACGUCUCUCAAGGGCCUGCAUGUGGAAGAUGGCAGGGUCUUUCACAGGAUUAACAUGUACAAUCCUCUGGCAGCGUCCACGGCCAGCGGUGGGUUUUUUAAGGAGGAUGUGGACUUCGUUCAGGAGAAUCCAAAUGGCAUUCCUCUGAAGAAGUCUCAACCCACGGCCAGCGGUGGGGCUUUUAAGGAAGUUGUAGAGUUUGUUCAGGAGAAUCCAAAUGGCAUUCCUCUCAAGAAGUCUCAACGCAUGGCCAGGGGUCAGGUUUUUAAGGAGGUUGUGGACCUCGUUCAGGAGAAUCCAAAUGGCAUUCCUCUCAAGAAGUUGACUAUGUUUUAUAGCCAGAAGUACAGGCGAAACCUAACCGUUUCAAAACUUGGUUUCACUUCAGUCGCUGCAUUUAUUCAGUCUUUGGAAGAUGAGCUGCUUCUAGACCAUAAGGAAGUCAUUCACAAAAAACACAGAGAAGCACCUGCAGGCCCACCAAUUGCAGUCUCAGCACUUGUGAAAAAAGAGCCAGAUGAAGAUACACCUGUGAGGACAGUCACGACAACCCCUCCGGUCUGUUUUGGAGCUGAUUCUUCUCUAAACGGCGAGGAAAUGACGCAAGAGGAACUUCUGAAGAAAGUUAAAGAGGUUAUUAAAGUGUAUCCAGCCGCCAGCCGUUCCAUUACUCAACUUAAGAACGGCUUCUUUCUCCUAUUUGGGUCUACGCUGCCAUUAAAACUCUACAUGUCGUUGUAUGAAAACCAUACAGUUAAAACAGGUCUUUUCUCUGGUCCAGUCGUAAAUAAUACACAACCAGAAGCCAAACGCCUUGAGCCACCUGAAAAUAUCAAGAUGGUGCCACCAAAACCCACGCCCAUUGUGGUAAAUGAACAAGUGGUCCGAUCCAAGACAGGAUCUCCAUUGCUGCCAUUUCAAAAUACGACUGUCCCCUUCAUGACAACCCCUAGUCAUCUGUCCACCAUGGACUUCCCUGCUCUUGGUUCAAACCUGUCCAAAGCUGAGGAGAAGAAGUUGAAAGAAGGUCAGGGGCCAGUUUUCCAUGAGUCCUUCUACAGUCAGUUGAGGGAGGUACAUGGUGCCAACAUGAGGGCAGCAGAAGCCUUGCAGGAAGAGAAAAGUGGUGUUGGACGACGAAGAGGGGCCACAAGCCCAGAUGAUGUAAACAGUUUGGCGGAAUAUGCCAUAAGAGCCCUUGCAACCGAAGGAGAGCAUGUCAAUAUCGACAAGGUGAUUAACAGAGUAUGUUCACUUUCGCAAGUAUCGUCCUUGGACGAAUUGAGGAUCGAUCCUUUUCGUCAUUUACCUGUUGUGAGGGAACUUCAGCGAACCAUCAAAGAGAUCAACAUGUUUAUUAAGUCAGUGGAGGCGGUGUCUUCGGUGUGCACACUGUACGAACUGAGUCAGGCUCUGGCCAACCUGAAGAACAAGAAGCGUUUUGAAGAGCUUCACCUGGGCCCUCUCUGCAAGAUCCCUCUUAUUCACCGAAUGUUCAGAAUAGAUGCAAAUACUAAAGACGAUGACAUACAUCAGAUUGAAACUGUGGACAUUCUUAGGAGUCUCCGGAUGUUCAGGAGAACAAACAGGGCACAAAGAGUCGACCUUGCAGAUUUUCUCAAGUCCCUUGCGGAUCAGUACAGCUGCGAGUCGCCAUAUGAACUCGGCAUCAGGAUCCAAAGUCUUGGACUGCCCAUUGCGACAUUAAAUAAGACAACAGCUGCUGAGCAUGUCUGCAUGGAUAGGGCCAGAGAAACUAUUCAGAAAGAAAUACUGGAGGAGAUUGAAACCAAACUGUUUAAGAUCAAGAAGAACCUGCUGGACCCAGCUCAAGGGCCAGUGAUCUUCUCACAAACAGGCAGCAAUGAGCUCAGGAAAAAAUAUGUUAAUCUGACCGCCUCUGAUGCUGUCCUGGAAGUCUUCAUCAAUUCUGAAGGCAUCUUCAGUAAUAGUAUGACUAAGACUGUUCAGACGUUCCUGUCAUGUAUACAAAGAGACAGACUAGCAAGAGCCUUAUUCCAGCUUGCCAUAUGCUGUGGCUCCUUGGAGGCCCCCCAGGACCUGGUGGCUAAAGAGAAACCUCAGAAUAAAGCUGAAGCAAAGAAAGCUACAGAUGAAAGGACCACAGGGUCUCUUCCCACUGAAGCUGAGAUGAAGAGCUACUUUGAGAAGUGUGUCUCCAGCUUCAGAAACACUGUUACUCUGGCCUACCUGCGCACACUGGAGAGGAAGAUUGUUGAUCACUUCAAAUUCAAAGAUUUUAGUCAGCUACAGCAAGGAACUUUUUUGGAUUUUAUAGUCAAAAACAAAAAGACUUUACAGGAGACAGCAGGAGGCGCUCUCUCCAUCGACAACCAGGAUCCUGGGUUGGAUGGCUUCAGACCUUCCAGACAGGAUGUGUUUGAAUUCAUAAAGCAGUGCGGCGAGGGAGAUAUGGCAUUUGUGGAGGCUGCUCUGAGGUGUCAUUACCGGAUAAAGGACAGCCGGGAGCUUGGUCACGGGCCUUUAAGUUUUCUUGUAAAUUGCACCCAGCGGCAAAAAGAACUUAGUGGAGAUGACAUCAGCAGUGUUGUACGCUACGAGUGUCCUCUGCUCCCCAUCGAUUCUGGAGGUUGUAUGCCAGAUACAGUGGGUCUGCUGGGAGAGGUGAGCCGUGAUCAAGCGCUGGCGAGUCUGCUGUCUGCCCCCCUGCUGCAGGACCUGGAGGAAUGGAGCCAUUGGGAGCUGGUGUUUCAGCCCAACCAUGGUCCUCUAAAAGACUUCAUUGACAAGUACUGUGGUAAAACAAAACUGCUUGCUCUUGAGGUGUCUCCUGGUCGACUGCUGAGGGUCACUACUGAUACGGGUGACAAACACUUCUCAAAGGCAGCUCAAGAUCUGGAUCCAGUUGGCACAGCUGGCCACUUGGUCUCCAUCGUGGUGGCUGAUGGGAUACCCAACACCCCCACAGCGCUUUUGGCCAAUCACAUGGAGUGUGCAUUGAAUAUAGCAGUUGCACAGGAAGAUAUAACACCAGGGGAAGACGGCUACUCGUACAGCGCUGUGGCUAAAUUUGUGCUAGAAUGCAUCACACUGAUGCCUACAAGAAUUUGCAAGGAGCUUCUUCAGCAGGUGUUUUUAGAGCCGCUCUCUAAAGUGCUUGGUCAAGCCAAAUCUAAAACGCUCCUCCUGGACGCUGCACAAUCAAAUGCACGUUACCUGAACAAACUUCAUCAAAUGGGGCUCUUGCUCGGUAUAACCGAGUGGCGAACCGACUUCAACAACAAACUUGUUCUGCCAGUGACUCCUGAAGUGCCCUUACCGAUACAGCAGUCUGUGGCGGAGGAUUCAAUGAGUGACAUGUCAUCUGUAUUAAGUCUGAAUUUGGUGGACAAUGAAGAGGAAAUCGUGCUCAGCACUUCCUCCAGCAGCCCCAGAGGAGCCAAUCAGCACGACAAUGAAGGUGAUGAUGAUGAUGAUGAUGAGCAGAUGUUUGAACUGGUGUCUGAGGUUGGUGAUAUCACAGACAGCAGUGUGGAGGAAGACGACGCAGACAAAGAAGUUCAGGCUGAAGAUCAGAAAUCUUCAGAUCAACCCGAGGAAGAUGCAGAUGGCAAUGAGCACAAAGCCAUUAUAGAGGACAUCAGGAAAACUGAGUUUGGCAUCGGUGUCGAGCUCAACGAGGAGGGUCAGAACUUAAUGAAAAAGCAGCAGGAUAGACUGGGAAGAAGCCUGCAUCGUCUCUCCACUGAGCUCUAUAGCAAAGACACACACUUUGUCCUAGAGCUCAUACAGAACGCUGAUGAUAACAGCUAUCCUGAUGGAGGAGAGCAACCAGCUCUGACCUUCGUGGUGGAGAAAGACUGCAUCACCAUCUUGAACAACGAAUGUGGGUUCGAGGAGAAAAACAUUCGUGCCAUCUGUGAUGUCGGCAGGAGCACGAAAGGAAAACAUACAUAUGGUUACAUCGGGCAAAAGGGCAUUGGCUUUAAAUCGGUUUUCAAAGUCACUGACUAUCCUGAGAUCCACUCCAAUGGCUUCCACAUUAAAUUCGACAAGACCAGCGGUCCCAUGGGAUACAUUCUGCCUCACUGGGUUGACCGGGAAAGACCUGUGAGCUCUGUUGCCAAGGAGAUCGCAGAGAAACGAUGGGCUACAAAGAUCCACCUCCCUCUUCGAUCAGAAAGUCACCAGACGAAAAAUCUUUUCCAUGAUGUGCAUCCCUCUCUUCUUCUUUUCCUCCAUCGCCUUCGUUCCCUCACCAUUGUCAAUGAGAUCGAGAAGCGUUCAGUGUCGAUGACCCGACGAGAUUUGAGCCAUAAUAUUCUGGAGGUAGCGCAUACGGGUGGUGUGGAGCGUUGGCUAGUGGUCAAGAAAAUGCUUUACCCUAAAAAGAUUAAAGAUGAUGUAGAGUCGACUGAAUUGGCUCUGGCGUUCCAGCUCAGCGAUGUGUCUUCCUGUGAUGUGAAACCUCAGAAACAGCCUGUCUUCGCAUUUCUUCCACUUCGCAGCUUUGGUUUCCGUUUCAUCAUACAAGGUGAUUUCGACAUUCCGUCCUCCAGAGAGGAUGUGGACAGGGACAGUUCUUGGAAUCAGUGGCUCCGAUCAGAGAUUCCACAGCUGUUUGUUCACGCCAUGGAUGUCUUUAGUCAACACCCAGAGUUCAGUGGAAUGGGAGGACUGUGUUACUUCCUGCAGUUUAUCCCUCAGCCAAGUGAGAUCCUGGACUUCUUUAACCCAGUGGCCAAUCACAUCAUUCAGCUACUAAAGGGCAAAGCAUGUCUCCCAGCAAAAGAGGACAAUGAGGGCAGAGUGGAGUUCAAACAGCCGUCUCAGCUAGCCGUGUGUCAGGACCGCUUGAUUCAGGAUGUCAUUGGAGGCGUGGAUCUGUGUAAAAGCCUGAGUCUCUCAUACCUGCAUCCUGCCCUACAGUCAAGCCUUUCCAGCUCUCUUCUUACUGCGCUGGGCGUCCAUCGCCUCAGAGCCACGGAAAUCAUCACGGUCACCUGCGCAAUGGCCAAAGAGCUGGUGCAACAUGGUGACCUUAAAUCAGAACAAGACCUGAAGAAGCUCGCCAAGCUGUUAGUUUGUAACUUCCGUGCGCUGGAUUUGGAGUAUGGCGAUAUGGACCACCUGCUCCAGUCUCUUAAAGACGUUCCCAUGAUCCCUCUGGCCAACGGCAAUGUGGUUUCUCUAAGUUCGGAGGGAGUGUUUUUCCCUCUCAGUGAUGUGACGCAAGCUCAGAAAGAUCUGAACGCUCUUUACCAAGACCUGAGUAUUGUGGAGCCGCAGCUGCUGGUGUGUCUGGAUGAACUGGGGAACUCACAGGUUCGGGAGCUGCUUCGAAAACUCAAUGUCCAUGAACUUGAACCUCAGGAGGUUCUACACAAGCACAUCUAUCCUAUGCUGAGGAACAAGGCCUGGGAGAAAAAGCCCAAGGACAUUAUCAUCAGCUACCUGGUAUUUAUCAAACUACAUUCUCAGAAUCAGGAUUACAGAAAUCUUGGGAUGGCCAUCCCUGUGCUGACCAACAGGGGCUUCCUCUGUGCUUCGGAGAGCAAGAUCCAGUUUUCUAAAGAGUAUGGCAACAUCGACCUGCCCAGCAAGCUUCCUGGUGUGGAGUGGGUCCUACUGGACCCCUGCUAUCUGCAGGCAGACAGUGAUUUGGACGGGUGGAGAGAGCUCUUCAGUAGUCUGGGAGUGAGAGACCUUCUUAUCUUCAGGAAGGAGAAACGGACCUUUAUGGUUUCUGAACUGGCGUCCAGUUUGUGGGCAGUGGAGAGUGAACUGUGGUCUAAGCCUGCAGAUGGGGUGUAUAUCAUAGAAGAUCAGCACUGUGCAGAGUUUCAUGCCCUGGUUACUGCCGAUCACCUCCCAGACCAAACCAAACUACAGCAAAGACAAGCGCUUAUAAAACUGCUGGACGCAAACUGGGACACAGGAGAGAAAUACUCACAGUACAUCAGGGUGGAUGUCUUGGACAACCAGGGACGGUCCAUCAGACAGACCAAAUCAUCUUUCUACCGCUAUCUCACUCAGUUACCCUGGGUACCAACACAGAGGCCACCAUGGGAAAACAGACGGCCCAUAACCUACCUACAGCCUGAAUCCGUAUACAUCUUUUCCACCGAAGUGCAUCGCCUGCUUGGAUCACACGUUGAUUAUGUGCACAUGGAACCAAGCGAAUUCACCAGAACUAUAGGUAUGAGACAUACUGUGCAGGUGGAGGACAUGAUGGACUAUCUGAAGGGUUGGUGCACUAAAGUUUCGGAGAAUCAUUCAGCUGAGUCCGAGGGAGCAGACUUCACCACAACAGUGGAGCACAUACAUGCAGUGUAUCUUUAUCUGUAUGCCCAAUGUUCAAGCAUACAGUUUAAAGGACUGUUUCAGCACUCACCUGCUGUCUUUAUCGAGUAUAACAGGGAUGAUGGUUGGUGCUCUGGACGCUUCUACCAUCUUAAAGAGGUUUGCUGGAGUGAUCCCACGGGCAUGUUUCAAAGAUACAAGGAGCUGAUUCGAAAGCAUGACAGUGGGAUACAGGAGCCCAAACUGCUGGCACCAUUUUACUCCAACUUACAAGACAUGAAGAACAUGUUCAAUACUCUCAAUGUGGAGCUCAAUCCCUCUAUGAAGCAGUAUGUUGCGCUCUUGGAAGCUGUUUGUGAGUCCUCACCUCUUGCUACAGGAGAUGUUGUCCAAGAUGUUUCUGUCAUCUUUGCCAAACUAGCGGAUAAAUGUAAAAUACACAUUCAUGGAGAACAAGAUCAAGAUCCUCAACUGAACCCCAGCUAUUGCAGCUCUCUUAAAGAAAUGGUUUCUCAUAAGAAAGUGUUUCCCACCAAGAAUAAUGCCUGGGUCACAUUAGCUCGCAAGCCCAUGAUUCCAGACAGCGCAAACCUGGAGAAGAUCUUCAAAUCACACAGUGAAGUUUUUCUCCUUAACCUGCCGUCCGCUGUCAAGAGAGCAGCCAACAAACUCAGACAUCAAGGCAAACUGCACGAAAAGGAGGCUUUCAGUGAAGAAGACCGAGAGUUGUUUCUGGAGAUCUGUGGGGUGAAAAGACUCUCGCAGUGUGUGACCACUGAAGCACAGACUGAGAGCUACAGACCUUGCCCAUCUGUACAGACCCUGGUGCGGCAGAUCAUCCCUUACAUCCAGAGGUUCUUUUACCACCGUUCGGAUGACGAAGAUAUUUACAGUGAGCUGAAAGAGAGCGGGAUUGCUAAACAGAUCACCUCACUAAGUUUUGGACAGGUCGGCAAGUUGUAUAUUCAUUAUCGACUCGAGGUCUCGGAGGGGGACCCGAUCUUUGAAAGUGAGGAUAUCAUAUGUCUCCUGAAAGACAAAAAAGAGCUUUACAUCCACAAAGAUCAUCUCUCGGCCAAACUAGACAUCUGCAGAGAGCUGGUUAAAUUGUUCACCACGGAAAAGACCUAUGCAAAAGCGCUGGAAAGCUUUCUCCAGGGUCUCGUCUCCUGCAUAAAUGACCAUGCAGCUUUAAAAAGGUUCCUGGACAGGGAGAACGCUUCUGAACUCCCUAUAGACGAGGAGCAAUGGGAGGUCCCCGCACCCCUGCCAGUGGAAGUGAAAGCUGAAACCUUCGCGCGUCCAUCAGGAGCUGUGCAGGUGGAGGAAAUGCAGAACGAUCAAAAUAACGAGGACAGGCUUGUGUGUUGGCCACCCAAAGCCUCUUUAAAUAAAACAGGUGGAGGAGGAGGUUCAGGCAGCCAGGCUGUGGAGCAGGUGAUGAAGAUGUGGCCGCCUCCAGCUCCUCUUUCUUCAGCUCAUGUGAUGGUGACCGGUCAAUCAGGAUCUGGAUUUGAGAGAAGCUCAUCCAACAUGAAGGUCCAGGAACGAACUGGAGAACCUCCAGCCCAUGUAGAUCCAAGAUAUCACCAUGUACAGAGUCCCAAGCCAAGUGAAAGCACCCCACACAUCACAGAAAAAAAGAAUGAGCCCAUCAUACAGGAGAUCAAGUCUGAGGAUGGCCCUCAACAGCCUGUGAAUACAAGCACUUCUUCAGAAGUAGAACCUGAAACGACAGAGGACCAAAGCAAUCCACCACUUUCAGCAGUUGAACAACACGGAUCUCAGACACCUCCUCUACAUGCCCAUAACACAACCCAGGUACCAGAGUUGGUUUUAAGCCAGUUCCAGGGAGUUGAAACCCUACAGCGGCCACCUCUGGCGCUUGAUAAUGCUGUGUGGACCAAACCCAUAGAUCCAGAGGCUUUCCUGGAGGAUCUGGCACUGGACUGCGCCCUGCCUCAAACACUGGUGAUCGCCAAAGAAUUUGAUGAUACAGCAUGUAUUGGACAGUGGGGAGAGCAGCUGGUUUUCUCCUUCCUCACCCACUGGAAAGAGAACGGAGGUUCGUCUGGGCCCAUUGACAUCACCUGGUUCAAUGAAAAAGGCGAGAGCGGCCAACCAUGUGACUUCAAGCUAACUUUCGCAAACACGGGGCCUAGAGCGGGCACCACUACGGAGAUCUUUGUGGAGGUCAAAACAACCGUUAAGAGAGAAAGAAACUUUAUUCACAUGUCUGCGAAUGAGCUGGAUUUUGCACUGAAGGAGAAGGAGAGGUAUCACAUAUAUAGAGUCUAUAGCGCUGGAGAUGCACAGAAUGUUCGCCUGUGUCGCAUUAAGAAUCUCGCCCAGCAUCUGCAUUCAAAAACAAUAGAGCUGUUCUUAUUUGUGUAGACAUCUUUAUAUCUUACCUGAAAAUCUGAAAAUAACAUUCUGAACACUGUUCAAUGUAAUUUUUAUGUAACCUUUCUUAAUGUUUUUACUGAUAUGCCAUAUUGCACAAUUUUAUUGAAAGUUAAUGUAAGUUUUAUCCUCUGUGCACUUUUUUAGCGUAGAAUUGACUUGAAAUCUGUUCUGUUUUAGAAACACUCCUUUAAUUGCUAUAGAAAUUUAUUUUUUCAGUUUAAAUUGUUACUAUAAGUUCAUCAAUAAAUAAAACUUUCUGAACGA